AAAGCGGGAGAUCCAGGGUCCAGACGAGAAAACUUUUGUUUAAUUAUUCAGAAAUUUCAGAGAUAUUCUUUCUCUUCUCGCUGAACAAACAGAUAUUUUCUUUCUCAUUUUCGCUAUCUGAUUGUCCGAACACAUUUCGUUGAGGUGAUUUCGAGUUUCGGAUUAUCUUCUCUUUCGAUGGCAGUCUCAGUUUCAGCUUCCAAGAUUGUUUGCUUGAACUCCGACCUUUCGACGCGGUUCGGAGUUGCUUCUGCAGCGGUAUCUCCUUCUUCGAUAAAACUAUCUUUUCUUUCAUCACUGCAAUUUCCUACACGGACUCGUCUUCUUCGAAAUGGAAGCGUUGGAGUUGUCACUUCCUUGCGGCCUCGGAUUCUUCCUCUGGUUAAGGCAAAGAAACAAACUUUUUCCACAUUUGAUGAUUUGCUUGCUAAUUCUGAAAAACCUGUGUUGGUUGACUUUUAUGCAACCUGGUGUGGUCCUUGUCAAUUCAUGGUUCCUGUACUUGACGAAGUAAGUACUCGGCUUAAAGAUGUCAUACAAGUAGCGAAGGUUGACACAGAAAAGUAUCCAAGCAUUGCUGACAAAUACAGAAUUGAAGCAUUGCCUACUUUCAUAAUCUUUAAGGAUGGAAAACCUUUUGAUCGUUUUGAGGGAGCAUUGACCGCAGAUCAGCUGAUUGAACGGGUAGAAUCCAGUCUCAAGGUUAAGCAAUAAUCAUACUUACUUAGCCUGUAGUGCUUUUCUGUAGCUUAGCAUGACUUUAUUAGGAUACUUGCUUAAGAGUAUCUCUAAGUAGCUUGAUGUCUAAUAGUCCUCAGUUUCGCUCCAAAAAUUCCAUAUCAAUGGUAUUUUUUGUGAAAAAUAUAUAUAUAUAUCUUCAGCUGCUGUGAAGACACAAGGAAAAAAUGGAUCUUGUCUGUUGCAAUAUCA